AUGCCACCGAAACGGCCCUCUCGUAAAAGCAUUGCCGCACAAUCAAAGUCGUCUUCUCGUCGAUGCCGGAAUGAGGUUGCUGCUGCUGGAGCCGAUGAUGAUUAUGGUGCGAACGAUGUGUCGAUGAUGGAAGGUGAUAUGGACCUCAACGAUGGCGACGCCGAGAGUGGGACCGAGAGUAAUGCAAAUGAUUUGCGAGACCUCGAAGAGAGCCUUAAGAUGAGCAUGGUCGUUGAUACCGGCCUGAGGAAAGAACAGAGACAACGUCAUCUCGAAACCGACUUUGAGAAUCAGGUUUGUGUCGUGCAGGAAAAGAUCGAGGAGAGGAGUGAAAGAAGAAAAAGAGAGGUCGACCAUAUCCAAGAUGACUUCUUGACGAGACUGCUUACUUUGUCACGUCGCAAGUCUGAAUUGGAGACCCAGAUCAUCAAAGAGACCCAAGAACUAGCCGAUGCGUACCUUGGGCUAAAGGAGGAAUUUGAAGCGGUGCUCCAAGGAAGGCAUGAAGAUGUCAACGAGGCAAUCACCUCAUUGAUCAAAUUGGAGGACGCCGCUCCUCCGAAGAAUUCAUCAUGA